CCCCGUCUUAUAACAGCAAAACACCAAGAAAUUUCAGCAACAAUAGCAAAAAGCAUAGACCAAAGAGAUAUAGAGAGAGAAAAAGAAAAAGAGAACUGAACCAAACGAAACCCUAGCUCAUGAAGCCAAAAGGUGAGAAGCAAAGUCGACGAUUUUCAACUUUUUUCCCGUUCGCUGUAUGAUUUUUGAUCAAUCAAUUGAAGGUCAGUCGCAUUAUUUUAUCUAACUUACGGUUUUUCAGAGGUCCAAUUGAACAAAAACAAGGACAUUCGAUCCUCAUUGGUGCUUAUUGAGUGUGAUAAUUACAUAGGGAUUUGAUUUAAUUCUGAAACGCGUAAUUUUUAUAUAUUGGGGUAAGGACUGUAAAAUUAACGUAUAUAUAUUGUCAUGCGAUUGUCGCGGACGGCGUCGGUUGCAAGGAGAAGCAAGGAUAAGAAAUUGGUAAAUUCUAGGGCUAAGAAGAAACACAAAAGACUAGACGCUAUUUGUGAAAAAGCAUAUAAUCACAACCAUAAUGAUGUUGUUGAGAAUGCCGAAACGAUCGAGUGGAAUGUCGAUGGUGCUGAGCUUGAGCUCCGUAGGAGCACUAGGGUUCGAAAAACUCCUGUUUUGCUCGAUGCAUCGCCUCCUCCCCCGAAGAAGCGAAGGAAGAUUGAUAGAGGGAGUGGGAUGAGCAGUGGUAGCAGGGUGGAGAAAGGAGCUGCGGUGAAGCUGGAGUCACCUUGUUCGACUUCCAAGGAUUUGGAAGAAGGCUCUAGGGCUUGGCAAUCGAGAUUGAGAUCUAGGACUAAGGGUGCAGGUAACAGAAAGAAGAAUAAUGUAAAGUUGUCGCCAGUGGGUAAAAGGAAGCUUUUUCAGGAUGUUGACAGGUUGAAGGAAGAAAUGGAGUUAGAGGUUGGAGAGUUAGAUAAACAAGAAGCUCGUGAAUGUGAAAAAUCAACUAUAGUUAAGUCGAAGAGACCUGGAAGAGUAAAAGCUUCGAAUAUAAUGGUUACCGAGCAGCAAGAAGAUGAUACAAGUGGUGGUAUGAAGAAGGAUGGCAAAAUGAUAAACCUAGAGGAGCUGCUACAUGUAAGGGAUGAAAUAGAUGACGACAUUUCAAAGGCUGGAUUUAAGGAGGGAGUUGAGGACGGCAAUGUGCCAUUGCCAUUAGUUAAUGAAGACUGGGAUCAGUUAGAAACUUGUCUAAGGCCAGAAGAAUGCAACACAACUGACCAGGUGGGUACUCUGGAACAGGAUUUACAAGGUAAAAAUGAAGGGAGUGUUGGAGUGAAUGACCAAAAGGAAGCUGGGGGAGGUGAUUUACUUGCUGAUGCUGAAAACGAUGGCGGCAUAAAUAAGCAAGCUAAAGAUGGAGUUAGCAGAGUUGAUGACACGCAGGAAAAAGCUGAAGGUCUAUCUGGUGAUAAACCUCUGGAAUUGGAGAAGGUGGUCAAAACAGAUUGUGCUUCUGAUAUUACUCUGAGAAAGCGUCGAAUUAGAGAGGGAAGACACUGUGGUUUGUGUGGAGGAGGUACUGAUGGUAAACCUCCAAAAAGGCUCGUUUAUGGGGCUGCCAGUGAUGAUGAAGCACACAGUGGGUCCUCCGCUUCUGAUGAACCUAACUAUGACAUGUGGGAUGGAUUUGGUGACGAACCUGGCUGGCUUGGGCGUCUCCUGGGGCCUAUAAAUGAUCGUUAUGGUAUAGCUGGGAUUUGGGUUCAUCAGCAAUGUGCUGUAUGGAGUCCAGAGGUUUAUUUUGCUGGCUUGGGAUGCUUGAAAAAUGUUAGGGCAGCGCUCUGUAGGGGAAGGGUUUUAAAAUGCAGCCGCUGUGGAAGGCCUGGGGCAACAAUUGGUUGCCGUGUUGAUAGAUGUCCAAAAACUUAUCACCUGCCUUGUGCACGGGCCAAUGGCUGCAUCUUUGACCAUCGCAAAUUUCUCAUAGCCUGCACAGAUCACCGCCAUCUCUUCCAACCAUAUGGAAGUCAUUAUUUGCAGCGUAUAAAGAAAUUGAAAGCUAGAAAAAUGAAGUUUGAGCUGAGAAAGUUGUCAAAUGAUGCCUUGCGCAAGGAUGUUGAAGCAGAGGAAAAGUGGUUGGAGAACUGUGGAGAGGAUGAAGAGUUUUUGAAACGUGAAAGCAAGAGACUUCAUCGAGAUCUAUUGAGAAUUGCGCCUGUAUAUAUUGGGGGCUCAAACUCUGAUGCUGGUAUACAGUUUCAGGGUUGGGACUCUGUUGCCGGGCUCCAAGAUGUCAUCCAAUGUAUGAAAGAGGUUGUUAUCUUACCGCUUUUGUAUCCUGAGCUCUUUAGUUCUCUGGGGCUUACACCUCCUAGAGGAGUUCUUUUGCAUGGAUAUCCUGGGACAGGUAAAACAUUGGUAGUACGGGCACUUAUUGGUUCAUGUGCUCGUGGUGAUAAACGAAUAGCAUAUUUUGCCCGUAAAGGAGCAGAUUGUUUGGGGAAGUAUGUUGGUGACGCUGAGCGUCAGCUAAGACUUCUAUUUCAGGUAGCCGAGAAAUCUCAACCAUCUGUCAUUUUCUUCGAUGAAAUAGAUGGUUUGGCACCUUGCCGUGGUAGGCAGCAAGACCAGACGCAUAAUUCAGUUGUCUCCACUUUGCUUGCUCUAAUGGAUGGUUUAAAAUCUCGAGGUUCAGUUGUUGUAAUAGGAGCCACAAAUCGUCCUGAUUCUGUUGAUCCAGCAUUAAGGCGUCCGGGUAGGUUCGACCGCGAGAUUUACUUUCCACUUCCAUCUGUUAAGGACAGAGAAGCUAUUCUCUCCUUGCAUACAAAGAAAUGGCCUAAACCUGUCUCUGGACCAGUACUCAAGUGGAUAGCUAGCAAGACAGUGGGCUUUGCUGGUGCUGAUUUGCAGGCUCUUUGUACUCAGGCAGCCAUAAUUGCUUUAAAAAGGAGCUUUCCCUUGCAUGAGCGACUCUCUGCAGCGGUGAAAGUUCCCAAUGCUACAUCUCCCCCUCUUCCCAAUUUUAAGGUGGAGGAGAGGGAUUGGGUAGAGGCUCUUACAUGUGCACCACCUCCAUGUUCACGUAGAGAAGCUGGAAUGGCUGCUAAUGAUGUGGUUUCAGCGCCUCUACACACCUUUCUUGUUCCAUGUUUGCUGAAACCACUUAGUAGAUUGCUUGUAUCCCUUUAUCUAGACGAACGCCUCUGGUUGCCGCCCCUAUUCUCUAAAGCUGCUGAGUUGGUAAAAGACGUUAUUCUUUCUCAAUUGGUUAAGAAGAAAUUACCAGGCAAUAAUUGGCAGUCCUAUGUUAAUAAUUUGCUUCAAGAACCAGAUGUUAUCAGUCAGAUUGAGGAUCAAUUUAUACGUGCCAACAUUCUGGUUGGAGAUGUUAGUGUUGGUGGUUUUGAUGCUAGUGAUGAUGACAUUGUUCACAGUCUCGCUGAUUCUGAACCAUCAAAGUUGCAGUGUGCAGGGGCUCGGCCUAAAUUGUUGAAGAAUGUCUUUCAUAUGCCUGGAAAGACAUCGGGAUUUAGAAUAUUAAUUUCUGGAAAUCCAAGAUCUGGCCAGAGGCAUCUUGCUUCCUCUCUUCUUCAUUGUUUUGUUGGUAAUGUUGAUGUCCAGAAGGUGGAUUUGGCUACUAUUUCUCAAGAAGGACAUGGAGAUGUUAUUCAGGGGUUGACACGGACACUCAUGAGAUGUGCUAGUGUGGGGAAGUGCAUGAUAUUUAUGCCAAGAAUUGAUUUAUGGGCUGUGGAGACAUCUGAUCAAGUCUGUCAGGAGGAUACUUGUUCUUCAGUAAAGCCUGAAUCAGUAGGCAAGGAAGCUCAUUUGCAUAAUAAUAGUGAUGAUGAAAGGAACUUUAACCAUAGUGCUGAACAGGCUGGGGAUGCUGUCAAAAGAGCCUCAUAUCUGUGGAGCUCCUUUGUUGAGCAAGUGGAAACUAUAUGUGUGUCCACAUCUGUGAUGCUUCUGGCUACAUCCGAUGUACAGUUGGAAGCACUCCCUGUUAGAGUGAGGCAGUUCUUUAAAAGUCAGAUGUUGAACUGCAGUAUCCCAAUUCCCUUGGAGGAUUCAGUUUCUAGAUUUACUGUGCAGCUUGAUGGAAAUUUUAAUCAAGAAUGUCUGAUUGAUUCCUCAGCAGCAAAGUUGUCAAAAGAUUUAGCUCAGCACUUCAUUCAGCUGAUUCAUCGUACAAACCAUGUCCACUUGCACACCUGCAAUAAUGAAGCUAGUGACAAAUCUGAGGGCAAUAUUGCCAUAGAAUGUCAGAGGUCAGAUCUUAGACCAACCAUUGAGCAUGUGCAUAAACAAUGUCCAAUUCCUACUAUUGCAAUAGUUAACAGUAGAAAUGUUAAAGCGAAAUCAAGCUUGAUGUUAGCAAUUACCACAUUUGGCUAUCAAAUUCUGCUAUAUCCUCAUUUUGCUGAACUUUGUUGGUUUACAUCCAAGUUAAGAGAAGGUCCUUGUGCUGACAUAAAUGGACCUUGGAAGGGUUGGCCAUUCAAUUCUUGUGUUAUUCGACCUAUUAACUCAAUGAGAAAGGUUAUCCUUUCUUCCAACAAUACUAAAGGCAAAGAGAAAUAUUGUAUGGUGCGAGGCCUGAUAGCUAUUGGGUUGUUGGCAUACAAAGGCAAAUACUCAUCCGUUAGAGAAGUUUUUUCAGAGGUUCGAAAAGUUCUCGAGCUUCUGGUUGAACAGAUCAAUGAUAAAGUUCAGAAUGGGAGGGAUAGGUAUCAAUUUGGUCGUCUUUUAUCGCAAGUGGCUUAUCUUGAUGACAUGGUUAGUAGCUGGGUUUAUACAUUGCAGAGUUUAGAGGGAGACUCUCAACUCGCAAUGGCAAACCCAAAGAUUGGUUGUGCUGGACUUUCGGAAAGCGCUAAUGCUCCCGAGGAUACACCUCAAAGGGAGGGAGGUCAUGCGCUAGAAGAAUCCCUUGACAAACCGGAGACACUGGAAACAUAUCGGCCAGAACUAACUGCUGAAAAUUGUAGUCGCGUUAAUCCAGAAGCACAUUCUAAUGGGCUCAUGGAGUUAAAUAUUGAUGAUGUUCAAGAGGAUGGUAGUAAUUCUUCCAAGGACAGGUGUGGCAUUGAGCUUUCCAAUUAUAGUAUGAGUUCCAACACAAAUGGAAGAUUGUCCUCUCCAAACAAUGUUCAAAUUGGAGAUAGCAACCAAAAGUCGGUUGGCAAUAGCAUAGAUCUUGAAUGUUCAUCAAAUAGAUCUUCCAAUCUUUCAACUGACUCUAGUGUAGUGUGUUUAUUUCAGUGCUGUUCUCAGUGCCUGCUGAACCUUCAGUGCACCUUGAGUAAAAUGCUUUCCCACGAGUGGGCACUUAAAAAGUUUGAGUGUAUGGUAGAGGAUGCUUAUGACUUUCUGGCCUCAUUAGCUGCACAUCUUCAUUCGGCUUUGAGGAUUUGGUUGCUGGCUAACAAUUCAACUUCGCUUGAUGAAAAGCGAGUACAAGAAAGGUACAGUGAAUACUUUGAAUGCAAGGAAACUAACAUGUGUGGAUGUCGAAACUUAGGGGACAAUUUAAUCAAGCUGAGAGAUUGUGAUUGUCAUUUGAUAGGCAAUGGCACAACUGAGAAAUGCAAAUCUUCUCAGAAUUUGCCUCAGGAGCUUGAUACUAAGUUUAUCCUUAGAGAUGGUGUACUGACCAACUUAGACAAGAAGGAUGUUUCUACUCAUUGUAAAUUUGAGACGUUAUGCCUUUGUUCUCUUGUAGAGUGGAUAGUAAUGAGAAAGGAACCUUUUGAUUGACUGGCAUGUGGCGAAUUUUUUUGUAUGACUGCGGAGUAAGAGUGGGACUACGAGAUGUAAAAAUCAAAAUUUUGGUUUUCUAUUUCAUUUUGAUUUGAUUUUCUUAUCA